GUUGACUGAAACAUUCAUAGCCAAGUUCUGUUGCUCUUUGUAGUACGUCCUUUUACCACGAUGCAGGAUAUGGGGGAAUGGAUGGUGGACGUACGAUUCUAGUUGAAAUGAUAUUACUCUAUUUUGCUCAAUUCUUGCUUUUAACGCUUUAAACGGUUGUCUUAAAUCAUUCUAAUUAUAUGAGGUUUUUCAGUUUUCUCCCCUCUUGUCCUGGCUUCCUUUACGACUUGUUUCCGGUUAAAAUUUUGACACAUGUGCAGCAGCCGAUUCUGGGUCGCCACCGUGCCAAUUUUUUGAUACAGGAUUGCAAAUUGUGAGUGCCGCGAAUGCAGAUAAUUCUCCACACCGUGCGGACAGCGUGGAGAUCAGCAGCCCGUUCCGGAGUCAAGUAUUUGAACUUCGUUGAUCGAAUUUCCGUGAAUUUAUUUACCGGUUCGAGGUUAUACGAACGUCGUCCUUGGGGUUCGAACAAACCUCAUCGAAAAGUUAAAUUAAAUUUUCAGCUGAUUAUGGGAGAUCCGAAAAUGGAAGAGAUCCUUGCUCCCUUCAGAACGAGUGUCAAGGAGCAGGGUGAUCUGGUACGGAAGCUCAAAGCCGAUGGGGCUUCAGAUUUUGAUAUCAAAAAAGCCGUGGUAGAGUUGAAAGCACGUAAAAAGCUUCUCGAGGACAAAGAACUAUCCAUGAUCCCAUCAGCAGCAACAUUUGACCGAGCAAAGAUGGAAGAUCUUUUGAAAAGGCGGUUCUUUUACGAUCAGUCUUUUGCCAUUUAUGGAGGAAUCACUGGGCAAUAUGAUUUUGGUCCUAUGGGAUGCGCCUUCAAAUCGAAUUUUCUCAGUGCUUGGCGUAGCUUUUUUGUUCUCGAGGAACAAAUGCUGGAAGUUGACUGUUCCAUUCUGACCCCUGAGCCUGUAUUAAAAGCCUCUGGGCAUGUAGACAGAUUUGCAGAUCUAAUGAUUAAAGAUAUAAAAACUGGAGAGUGCUUCAGGCUGGAUCAUUUCAUCAAAGCGCACUUAGAAAAAAUAGCAGCUGAUAAAAAAACAGCGGAAGAACUUCGUGCAGAGUGUAGUGACAUUGUUGUCAGGCUCGAUGGUAUGACCAAGGAUGAACUGGCAGCUAUUGUUGCUAGGUUCAAUAUGAAGUCUCCAAUAACUGGUAACGAUCUAACAGAACCCAUUGAGUUCAACUUGAUGUUUGGCACCCAAAUCGGCCCUUCUGGUUUGAUCAAGGGAUUCCUAAGGCCAGAAACUGCACAGGGAAUUUUUGUGAACUUUAAAAGACUACUCGAAUUUAAUCAGGGUAAGCUUCCGUUUGCAGCUGCACAGAUUGGAAAUGCUUUUAGAAAUGAGAUAUCCCCAAGGUCUGGGCUCAUCCGUGUGCGGGAGUUUACGAUGGCAGAGAUCGAACACUUUUGUGAUCCCUCAGACAAAAGCCAUCCUAAGUUCGAGUCUGUAAAGUCCACAAAAAUGCUAUUAUACUCUGCUUGUAAUCAAAUGGAUGGUAAGAGUGCCGAAUAUAUGGAAAUAGGAAAAGCUGUCGAAUCUCGGCUUGUCGACAAUGAAACUCUGGGGUAUUUCAUGGCUAGAAUCCAACAGUUUUUAAUCAAAGUUGGAGUUGAUCCUACUAAGUUACGCUUUAGGCAACAUAUGAGCAAUGAAAUGGCCCACUACGCUUGCGACUGUUGGGAUGCAGAGUGCCUGACAUCAUAUGGCUGGAUAGAAUGUGUAGGAUGCGCAGAUAGAUCAGCAUUUGAUCUUACCCAGCAUACCAAAGCUACUGGAAUCAAAUUGAUUGCAGAAAAGAAGUUAUUGGAGCCAAAAGUUGUAGAUGUAACAGAAGCAUUUCCGAACAAAGGCGUUCUUGGCAAGGCAUUCAAGAAAGAAGCAAAGGUUGUUCUAGAUGCACUGGCUGCUUUGGAUAAGACGGAGAUCGAGACCUUGGAACAAAAGAUCAAUAACACUGAAGACUAUGAACUUACAUUGCCCAAUGAGGGAUCAGUGAAAAUAGGAAAAGAUAUGGUCUCGAUCAAACGUUACCAAAAGACACUACACGUUGAAGAAAUUACUCCUUCUGUUGUGGAACCAUCUUUCGGAGUUGGCAGAGUGAUGUAUGCCAUCUUUGAGCAUAAUUUUCGGACAAGAGAAGGAGAUGAGCAAAGAACGUACUUGAGUCUACCUCCUGUUGUGGCACCGCUCAAAUGCUCAGUUCUGCCCCUCAGUGGCAAUGCAGAGUUUGUUCCAUUUGUCAAAAAGCUUGCGCAGUCUUUGACUGCUGUCGACGUAUCUCACAGAGUCGAUGACUCUUCAGGUAGUAUUGGGCGCAGAUACGCUCGUACUGAUGAGAUCGCCAUUCCGUUUGGCAUCACGAUAGAUUUUGAUUCUCUAAAAAGUCCCCACACGGCAACGCUGAGGGAAAGGGAUAGUAUGGGUCAAGUUAGAAUAAGUUUGGAUGAGCUUCCGUCUGUGGUGAAAGACCUGUCUCUGGGUAAAAUAACUUGGGAUGAGGUGGCGAGGAAAUAUCCAAAGUUUGAACAACAAGAAGCUGCCAAGGCAUGAAAACAUAGAUGUUUGAAAUUUUUUUAAGAAGCUUUUGGAAGUACGAAUAUUAUAUGAAAUAACAAGCUGCAAAAAUUGAAAUGUCAGGUAUUGGACUAUGGAAGUUCGAAAUUGUUCUUACCCGCAUUGAUAAUACGAAAAUCGCCGUAGGUUCUUAUUUUAUAAAAUACAUUCACAACAAAAUCAACUACCAGUAGCGAAUUCCAGUCAUUUUUUUGCUCCACUUUCGUAUUCGGGAAAAAUGGUUAUUGGAGGAACUUUGACCUUAAGCAAUGAAUUACGUUCUCAUUUUUUAUUUAGCGAAAUCAAAGUGUAUCAGUUGAAAAGAUUAGAAUGUACUUAUGUACCUCAAA